ACGAGGACGAAGAAGAAUCGGUUGAACGGACUGAAGUCGUAUCUGUGUGCAAGGAAAGCGGGAUUAUAAAUAGUUAAAUCUUCUGUCAUUAAAGCUCUCCUCCAAAUUCAGCUUUUGACAGCACUAGCAACACUAGCUGCUAACUAGCAGCUAAUCAGUCGCCGACAUAAACAGGGAGCAGGUUGACAGCUAGUUUAGCAGCAGCUCUUAAAGGCCAAGAGCACCCCGCCAGUAUGGACUCCUGGGUUAGGUUUAACGCCCAGAGCCAAGCCAAGGAGAGAAUUAUAAGGGCUGCUCAGUAUGCCUGCACUCUGCUGGGCUACACUCUGCAGAAGGGCGGGGCGUCAGCUGAACUUCGCAGAACCAUCAGUCAGCUGGAAGCACACAUGAGCCUAACAAGAAAGUUGCUCCGUCUGGGAAACUCCGUAGAGGCGCUGGAAUCUGCCAAGAGGGCCAUACACCUUUCUGACAGCGUGCUAAGGCUCUGCAUUACCAUCAGCCACCUCAACAGAGCCAUGUACUUUGCCUGUGACAAUAUUCUGUGGGCUGGAAAAACAGGCCUCAUCUCCAAACUGGACCAGCAGAAAUGGAGUCAGAGAUCUUUCAGGUACUACCUCUUUGCUCUGAUCCUCAACCUGACUCGAGAUGUGUACGAGCUUCGCCUUCUCAUUGAGUGUGAAGGGCGUCACAGAGCCGCCAAAUCCCCGUCGUCACCCAACCCCAGCACCACUCUGCCAGCUGACCACCUGUCGUCCCCUUCCACACCUGCUGCUCUGACUACUGUUGCCCUGCCUGUCAUGUUGGCGAGGUUUCGCAGACAGCUCCACCUGCUGGUGACUGUCCUGUACAGCAACCCGCCGCUGCUGCUGGACCUGCUGAAGAACAGUUGUGAUAUCUUCAUCCCACUGGACCGGCUGGGGAUUUACCCCACAGGGCAAGGCUUUGUCGGUGCCUGUGGCCUGGCAUCCUCUGUCCUCUCCAUCCUCACCAUGGUCCAUCCCUGGCUUAAACUCAAGCCAUGACCCCAGGUACACAGUGGAGGGGGCCAUCAGUGGAGCUCCAAGGAAGACUGAGAUGAGAAUCUAACAGGGCUAACACACGGAUCAUUCGGUGAUCACGUUUUGGAGUAGUGGCAGGGCUUUUAAAUCCUCCAAAUAUCCUCAAACAUGUUGCAUCCAUGAGGAGCUUCUUUCACUCUGCAUCACGUACUGAUUAACAGCUCUCGGCUGAUUACUGACCUGCAUGUUUGAACUGUUACAGCUUCAUGCUUCAGAUGGAAGCAUAGCAGCGCUGCACAGAGCCCACACUCUCCAACGCUAGUCCUUACCCAUGAUGUCAUUCGACAUCAAAGUCCUUCAUCAUCUGCUCCCAAUACUUAGUACUAAGAUCUCAUACAAUUCAUAACAGGAAGAAUGUUGAAAAUACUAAACUCACCUGAUGGUUGGCAGUGGCCCACAAGGUGGGAACUAAUGACAUCACGGCGGUGCAAAAUCAAACUUUGAUAAUAAAUACACUGAUUUACCCUGAUAGAUGGCUCCCUUUCAGUAAAGUCUGUACAUUGAGUGUAUAGUUGGUCCAUUUAUCCCCCAUAGCGAUGACUCGUUUGACUGGGUCUCUAGGCAGGCCCGCUCCACUUUCCUGUGGCCUACCAUGAACUUAGCUCAGUGUUGGCUUCCAUUAAUUUAGAUUAACAAAUCGACGCAGACAGAAGCUGAACCAAAAUGCUUCAGGGAUGAAGGCUAUCAUUCUGGAACACUCCUCUCUCCUUCCUCUACUUCUCGCCCCUCAGUGUGUCCCCUUUGACAGGCUCAUGUUGGAUCAGACCCAUCAUCUUGAGCUUGGCAACCAAUUUAAACGACAACCAUGAUGUUUUGCUUUCAUGGAAGCCGCUUUUGUCAGUCAGAGUAAACCAUGUUUGUGUUUAUUAGCAAGUGGCUAACUCAAGGAGUGUUUCCAUCCACCUAUUUUUAUGUGAGUUUUAAGUUUGCACAUAAAAAACUUACAUUUAGGCCCCUUUUUAAAUCACGUUAUCUGCUGCCUGCUCUUCUGCUUAUCUCGCUGAACCUACUCCAAAUGUUCGCAUAAGAUCACAUAUGUUCCCAUUUUCUUUUGCCGAUUUUGAUAGAAACCAAACCACUGUUGUUUACACCCGCUGAGUUUGUACUUUCAGCUUUUGGGAGCCACUAAGUGACUGAACUGUCAGAGUCCUGUGAGACAGAGAUGCAGGAAUAUAAUGAACUCCACACUGUGUCUUGUGAGGAGGAAAGCAUUGCUGCACUGAUCUUUGAGGGCUGUAAGGUUCAGGUCUGUUGACACCAUCCAGCUGUGAUGUAGUGUUGUACUCAUGAAGGUGCAUAUCUUAAGUCUGAUUGUUGCAGACAGGCUGAUCCUACACCUCUCCCACUCUUAACUACUGUCAUCACAGCUUACCCCCAUUCAUCGCAGAUAAUGGUCUUUGGCCAUUUAAUGGUCAGAGGCUUCAAGUGCAGCCACUAGAUGGAAGUACAAGCAGGAUCAUUAGUCUGAGUAACUAUUUAAAGAUACAGAGUGAGCUAAGAGGGGUUUAGGGAUACAACAUGAUAGUCUGGAUGUGAAUCUUUUUGACUUUUAAUUGUCAAUAAAAGCUUUUAUUGAA